UAGGAGUAGUAUUGUGGACUGAAGGGAAAAGGAGUGGAGUCCUGCCGCCACCAAACGUUAGCUGAGAGAUCUUCUCAAAUCGAAAUCUGAAGCUUCCUCAUGCCGCCAUUGCUUCACUUUCACAGUCUUGAUCCUAUUUAAUGGCUUUCCAAUGGCUUUUCAUUUAAGAAACUCAAGGAUUCCCAAACCCCCUAAUCGAAAUGACGGACUAUUCGCCGCAUCGCGCUCUCCCGGAGAGGAAGUCCCGUUACGACACCGGCGAGAAGCUCAAGGAAAGCAAGCUCAAGGUAGCUCUCUGCCCUUGUAUCUUUUGCUUCAUUCUUUUACUGCUAGUCGCAUCAAUCGUGCUCACCCUCAAAUUCCGUCUCUACUGCCACACUCCACUUCACUCCCUCCUCUUCCACAAAGCCUGCCGUUAGCCAAUUCCUUUCUUCCCCAAUUUAGGCCCUUUUGCAAGUCUGUGGGCUCGGUUAGUUCUGAUUCUGAAUUUGAGGAGGAGGUGGAGAGGGUUUGUAGGGUGAUUGAUGAGACGUUUGGUGUAGAUAGGAAUAUGGAGGCCGUGUUGGAUGAAUGCGGCGUUGAUUUGAGUCAUGAAUUGGUGGUGUGUGUGUUGCGUAGGUUCAAGUAUGCUCGAAAGCCCGCCUUUCGAUUCUUUAAUUGGGCUGCGGAUCAGCCGGGCUAUGCUCAUGAUUGCUCCACCUACAAUGCCAUGGUGGAUCUUCUGGGAAAGAAUAGGCAGUUUGAGAGCAUGGUUUCGAUGCUCCAAGAGAUGGGGGAGAAGGGCUUGCUGUCGCUGGAGACCUUCAUCGUCUCUAUCAAAGCUUUUGCCUCUGCAAAAGAGAGGAGAAAGGCCGUUGGGGUUCUUGAUCUGAUGAGCAAGUAUAAGUUUAGGAUUGGUGUAGAGGCCAUCAAUUGCUUGUUGGAUGCGUUGGGGAGGGCGGGGCUAGGGAAGGAGGCACACCAGUUGUUUCAACACUUGGAGCAUAGAUUCACUCCGGAUUUAAAGACAUAUACAGUUUUGCUUAAUGGUUGGUGUGAGGUGAGGAAUCUGAUGGAAGCUGGCAGGGUAUGGAACGGGAUGAUUGAUAGUGGUUUCAAGCCUGACGUUGUUGCACACAACAUUAUGCUUCGAGGGUUGUUGAAGGGUGGAAAGAGAUGUGAUGCAGUCAAGUUGUUUGAGGUGAUGAAAUCUAGGGGUCCAUCUCCUAAUGUUAGGAGCUACACAAUCUUGAUUGACCAUCUUUGCAAGCAUGGCGACACUGCAGAAGCCAUGAGCUACUUGGAUGAUAUGCACAGGUCCGGUUGUGAACCGGAUGCUGCCAUAUACACUUGCUUGAUGAUAGGUUUUGGGAACCAAAGGGAGAUGGGCGUGGUGUACCGGUUGUUGAAGGAGAUGAAGGAGAAAGGAUGCCCCCCUGAUGGGCGUGCGUACAAUGGCUUGAUCAAGGUGAUGACGAGCCAAAAGAUGCCGGAUGAUGCAGUUAAGAUAUAUAAGAGGAUGAUCCGGAGCGACAUACAGCCAUCCCUUCACACUUACAACAUGAUGAUGAAGUCGUAUUUCGUAGCAAGUAAUCCAGAAAUGGGUUGUGCGGUUUGGGAGGAGAUGAAGAGGAGGGGAUUUUGCCCUGAUGACAACUCCUACACUGUUUUGAUUGGGGGACUCAUACGGCAGGGAAGAUCCAACGAGGCCUACGAGUAUUUGGAAGAGAUGAUCGACAAAGGAAUGAAGACUCCCCGACUUGAUUACAACAAGAUUGCAGAUUAUUUUUCGGGACCUAGGAGAAAUGCUUUGGAUGAGUUUGCUGAGAAAGCAAGAUUUUCAGGAAACUCAGAGGUGGCAACUCUCUUUGCCAACUGGUCCCAGACGAUGAGGAUAUAUUUUACUUUGGUGUUAUGAGAUAAUUUGUUCGCACAUUGCCUACUUAUGGUGUGAAAGAGCAAAACAACUUGUACUAUUGUAAAUGUUUGUGGCUUCUCAUUUGACAUUAACCAGAGUCUAUGCUUUUUCUAGUGUGUAAA